CAGCGUUGUCCUAUACAAUUUCAACUUGGAUCCGCGGGAACUUUGUGCGUCUGGAGAAGGUCGACGAAAUACAAGAGACUCACCGCAACUGUCUAUAAUCGAAAUCCCGUCUCUUAGUGUGCAGCCAGCAAGAUGAUGCACCCGGCGCGUCAGGCGUAUGUGGAGGAGGAGCGUCAGGCUUUAUCUGCUCUCACGAUGGAUCAAGAGGGGAAGCCAUGCAAGACUGACGGACAUGGCUGAGACGCAGGACACCGAGAUGGGCGUGGAUUUGGCAAGCAUCCCUGUCGAUCGAAAUUAUGACCUCCCUACCGGUGCCGGUGGCGUUGCGCCCGAAAAGGCAUCUGCGAUCCUCUCCCAAUUCGACCGAAAACGAAGACUGGCCAUGCUGGCUGUCCCCACAGAUGAUGGAAAAGUCAGAUCACGUUUGCGCGAACUCGGAGAGCCUGUCACACUUUUUGGGGAGGACGCCGCAGACAGACGAAGCCGAUUGCGGGAGCUGUUGUUGGAUCAACAAGAUGCAGCUGGCCCUGAUGGAGCCGAUGCAGAUGUACAGAUGCACGAAGCAGACGAAGAUGCGGAUCAAGAAGAAGAGUUUUACACCGAAGGUAUGCCAGAACUGCUCGAGGCGAGAAGAGCGAUAGCUAGGUAUUCCCUACCAAGGGCAAAGGCGCGGAUACAGAGACAAAGAGAAGACUCUACCAUUCCGCUGCGCACACAUAUCAAGCAUCGCAAGGAAAUCAAAGAGAAGUUACAAGGGUUUGAACUGUUUGGCACACAAAUUGCCGGAGAGCGGCCCGUCAGUAUCACUCGAUUUUCUCCAAACGGCAAGAUCAUUGCCGCCGGCAACUGGGGCGGUGGCAUCAAGUUAUUAGAUGUCCCGAACCUGGACGAAAAAGUGACCCUCAGAGGUCAUACGGGCAUUGUUGGCGGGCUUGCCUGGUUUCCUGGUGCAACACUACAAGAAUCCAAUGUGUCUCCAGAUUCCCUAAAUAUCGCAAGCGGCGCUGGCGGGCAAGGCGGAGACAGUGACAUACACCUCUGGUCAUUGAACAAGGAGACACCAAUUGGCACUUUGCAAGGACAUACCGAUCGUGUUUGCAGGGUCGAGUUUCAUCCGUCGGGGAAAUAUCUUGCAUCGGCCUCAUUUGACACGACCUGGCGAUUAUGGGAUGUGGAGACGACAACGGAGCUCCUUUUGCAAGAAGGACAUUCGAGGCAAGUAUUUGCCGUCAGUUUCAAUACUGACGGCUCAUUACUGGCAAGCGGGGGAUUUGAUAGCAUAGGGAGAAUCUGGGACCUUAGGACGGGGCGCACCGUCAUGAUCUUGGAAGGCCACAUCCGUGAAAUCUUCUGCCUGGAUUGGGGCAAUGACGGAUACCGCAUCCUAUCUGGCUCCGGUGACGGAUGGGUCAAAUGCUGGGAUCUUCGUCAAGUGCGCAGUGUGGGAGGAAUUGGUGCUCACAAUGGCAACGUUUCCGACCUGAAAUGGUUCAAAGGCCUCGAUGCCGACAAGUCAUCCCUGGUGGAGAGCAGUGGCGUCAGACAGGAGCACAAUCCUCGAAAAGCCGGCACAUUCUUUGUGACGAGUGGUUUCGACAAAAACGUCAACAUCUAUUCGGCGGAUGAUUGGUCGUUUGUGAAGCAGCUCAGUGGACAUGCGGGCAACGUUCUCAGUGUCGAUGUCACCAAUGACGCCAAGUGGAUUGCCAGCAGUGGUCAUGACAGAACUGUCAAGCUAUGGGGGCGUGAUGAUGGCCAGGGCAUAUGAAGUUCCUUGUGCCUGAAGGAACAAACUUAUGUUGCAAUGAGAAUGCCGUGCGCAUGCAAAGGCCAAAAGAGAUCACUGUGAGCUCAGUGUUUGGAUCUGUACAGCAGAGUGGCUAUUCACGGCCGUUGAGACCCUUGCCGCUGGAGUCCUUAAUGCGCCGGAAUCCCACAUGUGACUGCUUCAGGAGCUCGAUGGGCAUGAGAAUUACCUUCACCCUGAAAUCAUCCCAGCGCUGCCCUAUAUGGAGAGUGCCAUUACGGUCGGGACUGGCUUGAGGUUCAUGAAUCGACCUGGUAGCUCCUGUGUAAAGCUUGGUCAAGCACCUCUCGCCCUCAGCCAUAGGUGGGCGACUAUGGCUCUGUAGCGAGUAGUUCCUUCGUCCAGUUGUAAUAAUAUAGACACCACGCCAUGAACGGAGUAGAUCAACCUCAACGGCCGAAGUAACACAAGGCUGCGCAAGGCUGCAUAUCAUCCAUGACUCAUCACGGCACCUGG